AUGCCGUUCGCGUCUGGGGCGUUUACGGCCUGCGCGCGUGCGGUGUUCAAGCCAAGGAUGGUCAACGGGACCGUGACACUGAAGCUCUACCACGUGGCAUGGUUGGAGCACGUGGUACGCCUACACCGUGGUCAUUUAGGCGACUUAAAGUACCUGGGCGAGUGUCCUCACGCGCGCGUGUAUGUGGUUUGCCGUGCGCAGGUGACAGAUGCGGUCAAUCACUGGGAGGAGCGCCAGGGUCGCUUCGCCAACUCCGCGAGCACCAACGCGCAGAUCGUGGACGGCCUCCACGUCCUCGUCAAGGCUGCUGUUAGGGCCGCCAUCGCGGACUUCCGACCACCCUAUGACGAGGCGUCUCAGAGCUGGGAGUGGGGCCGCCAUGGCCUGCGCAUCUCGGCCGACGACAUCGCUGCCGUCGAAGCGGUGACCGCGGAGGCAAGCGUCAGCCGCGGUACACCGCAGGCAUAA